AUGGGGGCCCUGCGGCAGUGGCUGCUCGCUUGCCGCCCGAAGACCCUCGUCGCGAGCGUCGUGCCCGUCAUAGUCGCCGCUGCGAUAGGUUCGACGGAAGUUGGGUGGCGCGCGCUGCGCUGGGACCUUGUGCUGCCCUGCGUGCCCGCGGCAUUGCUCUCCCAGGUCGGCUGCAACCUCGUCAACGACGCACAGGACUUCCUCAGAGGCGCGGACACGCCAGCGCGCCGCGGGCCGGCGCGCGCGUCGCAGUCCGGCCACUUCAGCCCGGCGACGGUGCAUGGCGCGGGCCUCGCAUGUUUCGCCGCAUGCCUCGCCCUGUGCGCGCGUGCGUUCCUGGAGAGGGGCUGGCCGCUGGCGGCCACCGUCGUCGCGUGCUGCGCCGUGGGGUACGCGUACACCGGCGGCCCCGUGCCGCUGGCGUACGUCGGCCUAGGAGACCUGGGGGUUGUGGCGACGUUCGGCGUAGGCGGUACCGCGGCGUUCCGUUUCAUCCUGGCGGGCGGGCGCCUGCUCGAGCCGGCGGCGAUCCUCGCUGGAUUGCAGGUCGGACUCUCCGCGACGAACAUGCUGGCCGUGAACAACCUCCGCGACAUCGCCACCGACCGCGCGGCCGGGAAAUGGACCCUCGCGGCGCGCCUGGGGCACCAGCGGGCGCGGCAUCAGGUCUGGCUGCAAUCCGGGCUCUUGUUGCUCCUCUGGCUCGCCUGGGGGGUCGUUCCGAACACGCCGCGGAUAUCCGGGGCGCCCAGCCUGCUCGCGUCCCCCGCGCUGGGCGUCCUCGGGGGCCGCGUGCUGAUCGAGCGGGAGGACGGGAACGCGUUCGGCCCACUCCUGGCGCUGGCGGCGCUCUGCCACUGCCUGCUGGGCGUGUGUCUGGCUGCGGCGAUCGCGACGCCGCGGUGA